AGCCUGCAGUUUACAUACAUUGUACAUGUAUGUCCUUAUUGGAGAUAUAUAUGGAGCCAAGCUCUGUACAUGUAUGUUUAUUCCUUUGUGUACAUUCGCCAGACUGUAUGCUGUACCACAAUACAGAGACUUGCUAUGCAAACAAUAGACCAUCCCAGCAAAACAAUAACUGCAGCUGCAACCCAGGGCCUGUAUACACACAUAUAUACACUGAUACCCAGCACAAACGGGCUGUACCCACAUUGCUCCUUUGUUGUUCGCUGAGUAAGGAUGCAGAAUUUGUUUCUUCAGUUUGUAGUUUUUGAGCCAGAGAUGAGCCCGCAUUUUUGAAGAGAGCUCUAGGAACAUAAAACUUCAGUGGGAUUUGACGAGAUUUUAUAUGUAGCGCAGCCAACUGAUGUACCGUAGCCUACAUGUACGAUAUGUACGUACGUAUCAAUGGUUAUUUUAGAUCAGGAUUGUUGAAAAGUGAAGCAGUCGGCGUAUCGUGGUAGUAUCCACUGUGCGCUAAAGAAACAAAUCUUUCAUUGGCUUGGAAUUGACUGCUGUCAUUUUGAGGAGUUGUCGUACCAUCAAUGCGUGAACUGCCAUGAUACUGUGACCCGUGACCUCUGACCUGUUACCAUGGAGACAGUGCUGGACUACUGCCUGUCCUACUGUUGCCUGUGUUGCAGUUGCUACGCCCCGCGUACCCAUGACGACGACCUCUACGAGCCCCUACUCUUGGACGAGGAGCGGGCCGCGGUGAACGAACUGCUGAACUACUUAAACAGAGAGUAUGAGGAGAAGCCGUCGUUAUCCGAAGACCGUCUGCGCGCCAUUAACAUCCUGACUUACUCGCACAACGAUGACCUGCAGAGGUCGGCCGCCCUCUGCCUGGCCGAGAUCAGCGAGAGACUGAUCCAGCCCAUCAACAGCAAGGUGCUGGAGCCGCUUCUGGCGCUGAUGGAAUCUCGAGACAUCGAGACGCAGAAAGCUGCUUCCCUGGCGCUCAGCAAUCUGGCGCUGCAUGGCCAUGAUACCAACAAGGAUGUGAUCAUGAGAAGCGGCGCCCUUCAGCUGUUGAUCAAGCUGCUACGGUGCUCUAACGAGGAGAUCCAGUGCAAUGUGUGUGGCUGCAUCACCACCCUGGCUACUACAGAUGCAAACAAGAAAGAGAUUGUGUCCUGCGGAGGCGUUCCGCCGCUGAUCAGCCUGGCCAGAUCCACCGAUACUAGGGUCAAGAGAAACGCGACAGGUGCACUACUUAAUCUCACCCAUAUCGAUUCCACGAGGACCGUGCUGGUCUCCCACGGUGCGGUGCCGCUGUUCGUCAAUUCCCUGCACUCGGAGGACCCGGAGAUCCAGUAUUACUGCGCGGCCGCUCUCAGUAAUCUGGCCGUGGAUGCUACCCAUCGGGCCUCAGUGGUCCAAGCUGGCAACAGCAAGGUCCUGAGACAGCUGAUCAGGCUGCUGGAGUCUCCUUCGGAAAAGGUGAAAUGUCAAGCAUGCUUCGCUCUGAGGAAUCUGGCUUCGGACGAAGACAACCAAGUGAACAUAGUCGAGAUGGGCGCCCUACCUCCAUUGCAUCACAUCAUGGAGACGUGUACUAAGGAUACGGUCGCUGCAGCGGUGGCGGCGCUACGCAACCUCUCCAUACACAGAAGAAACGAGAUGCCAAUUGUCAAAGAAAGCUUCCUAGUUGAGCUCGGGAACCAGCUAAGGGAACCCAUGUCUUGGGAUGCUCACUGCCAUGCCGCAGGCACAAUACGCAACCUGGCUGCGGGGGACCAGUUGAGGACAAUCAUUGAGAAGGGAACACUAGACAGCCUGAUCAUCGCAUUCAUGCGGUCAACGUCGCCGUUAGCCGUGCAGUCUGAGCUGACAGCUGCCCUGGCUGUUCUGUCUGCGGAUGAACAAGCCAAAGCUAUCCUUGUGAACGCCCAAGAGGGGAAGGUGUUCAGCAAACUGAUCAGUCUGGCUGCCAACUCACAUCAUUCAGAUGUGCAGUACAACAGCGCUGGUACCAUUGGUCAACUGGUGUUACAAGAUCUGAAGCCAGAGCUGAUCACUGCUAACAUCCUGGGUCUGUUGCGAUACAUCGAGCGUUUCGCCAGACACCCAGACCCUAGCUUCAUACACAUCGGCUUGUGGACCAGUCUACAACUUCUGAAAGAUGCCACAUUCCGCACCGCGUUCGGGGAGAGUGCGAUCCCACGAUUACUCGAGGGAAUGCAGCAGAGACCAUCGAUGCCGCUGCAGAUACAGCAACUGGCACAGACCGUGCUGGACAACAUGGGCUGAUAGAGGGCGCCAGACACCCAACUGAGUGAGACGAUAGAGAGCGCUAGUCACUUGGCAGUACUUGAUGAUAGAGGGCGCCAGAUACUGAAUUACAAGUGAUGAUAGUAGCGCUAGUUACCGAGCAAUACAAGGUGUUACUGACUGGACAAUAUCAGGCAACAGAGGGCGUAGUUACCACGAUUUGAUGACAAAACUGAUUUCUCCUGAGUUAGCGAGUUACCCGUAGCAUCUUUAUACAAUGCACGACUGUUGUGAUGUGUGUGACUAUAACCAACCACUGCGUGACAUUAUUGUGUAUCAACAAGCAAACUAGUCUCCACUUCAGCCGCACAAGAGUAACGCCAUGAAUCAGCGACAGUGCACAACCCCUGAUUUUUGUAAUCUUCCCAGCAUGCAUUGCACAAAUCGUUCUCUGAUUUUAGCUUAUUAACAACAAAAUAUAUACCCUUUUGGUGGAGUAGUUAAACAGAGGUUAAAUUUUACGUAAUUAAGCCAACAGGGAAACCACAUCAGAGCCAAUAUACAGGGUGAGUAAAAAAAA